AUGUUCUUCUUUUCGCGGGUGCUGUCGACAGCACGCCUGUUCUCGACAUCCGCUAUGGCGGCGUACCCUAAGCUCAAGAGCCAUUCCGGGACGAAGAAACGGUGGCGGUCAAUUGCGUCGGGCAUCUUCAAACGUGGACACGCUGGGCACAAACAUUUGAACGUGAAUAAGAGCAUGGCUCAGAAGAACCGCCUGUCACAGACAACGUACUCGAACAAGUCGCAAACAGUCAGGCUGAAGAAGCUGCUGCCCUACGGCUCCCCUUGA